AGAAGAAAAUACACGACAUCUCCGUGAAUGCACCCCUCGGCGUAGGCUGUUGCCAUGUUCCCAGUUUCUUCAUGGGUGUGGUGAUGAGAUUGCUCGUGAAAAUUUAGUCAAAUCCUGGUCGAGUUGCGCGAGCGCCUGGCCCUUUAAAUUUGUUAAAUUGUCUUAAAAUUAAUACCGCUAUCUUGAAAUUUCUUGCACCGCUGAAACCAUGUAUGCUUUUUGAAAGCGGACUAUUGUGACAGAUUGGAACGACGUUGACAGUCAUAGAAAUCCAGUUUCAGGUGUCAGCUGGUCUGUGUUUGCUAACCCUGUGUUCCAGGUGGAGUGUGGUCUGAACACAUCACAGAGGGACAAUGAGCGAGCUGGAACAGCUACGGCAGGAAGCAGAGCAACUACGCAAUCAAAUCCGGGAUGCCAGGAAAGCUUGUAGUGACUCCACCUUAUCACAGAUCACAGCCGGUCUGGACUCGGUGGGCCGGAUACAGAUGAGGACGAGGCGCACGCUCAGGGGCCACCUCGCCAAGAUCUAUGCAAUGCACUGGGGCACUGACUCCAGGUUACUCGUAAGCGCAUCCCAAGAUGGCAAAUUGAUCAUCUGGGACAGCUACACAACCAACAAGAUGCAUGCCAUCCCGCUGCGCUCCUCCUGGGUGAUGACUUGUGCCUACGCGCCUUCUGGGAACUAUGUGGCCUGUGGAGGCCUGGACAACAUCUGCUCCAUCUACAGCCUGAAGACCCGUGAGGGCAACGUGCGUGUCACCCGGGAGUUACCCGGACACACAGGGUAUUUGUCAUGCUGUCGUUUCCUGGACGACAACCAGAUUGUCACUAGUUCUGGGGACACUACCUGUGCAUUGUGGGACAUCGAGACGGGUCAGAUGGCCACCAGUUUCACAGGCCACACAGGAGACGUGAUGAGCCUGUCCCUCAGUCCGGACUUCAAAACCUUUGUGUCGGGCGCCUGUGAUGCCUCCUCCAAGCUUUGGGACGUCCGAGAUGGCAUGUGCCGACAGUCAUUCACAGGCCAUGUGUCUGACAUCAACGCCGUCUGUUUCUUCCCCAACGGCAACGCCUUCACCACAGGCUCAGAUGACGCCACUUGCCGUCUGUUUGACCUGCGCGCCGACCAAGAGCUGAUGAUGUACUCGCACGACAACAUCAUCUGUGGCAUCACAUCAGUAGCCUUCUCCAAGAGUGGGCGCCUCCUGCUGGCGGGCUACGACGACUUCAACUGCAACGUGUGGGACACCCUGAAGGCGGAGCGGGCAGGUGUUCUGGCUGGACAUGACAACCGGGUCAGCUGUUUAGGUGUGACCGACGACGGCAUGGCCGUAGCCACAGGCUCAUGGGACAGUUUCCUCCGAAUCUGGAACUAAACCGUCCUCUUCAAAUAUGCCCCCCCCCAACCCUCCCACCCAUGAUGCUGGGCUGGACCUGAGGGUGAACACUGUCUCUGCUCCCCCCCCCCCCCCCCCCUCGACCCAUCACCAACUCCACCCCACAGGCAACGCUGUCAACCUUCUCCCUCCCCUGGCACCCUCUGCCCGGCCAAGACACAGUCAGCGCCGCUGUGAGAAAGUAACAACUCCCUCUCUUCCUUUCCAAGUGACGUUUUUUUUACCCUCCUAAUACACAAGAGCUUUUCAGUACGUACGGUUAGUGUCAGUCAACAACAACAAAAGAAAGACAAGAUUUAAAAAACAAAAAAACAAACCCUGGCAUCCCCUCUUGUUUUCGGACAGGGGGGGGACUAGAGCGCAUGUUACCGUGGUUACCGCCAAUUUAGAGGACAGUUUGUGUGAUAUGUAAAUGUAUAUAAAAGUACAAUAUAUAUAUAUAUCAUUAUGUGUGUAUAUAUGCAUCAUAUAUGCAUAUAUAAUGUGUAUGUAUAUAUUUUUGUAGUUAAUUUCCCACCCUUGAGGUUUUGUUUUAUAUUUUUGCCUAAUGUUUUACUUGUUUAAUGUAUAUAUUAUUCACAGUACUACACGAUAACACAAUUCCGAUAUUUUAUUUUUAUUUUUCACUUGCCUCGUGUCCAACAUUUAGUACAUGUCAGUAUGCGUGUGUAGUUGCGUGUUACAUACACGUACAAAGGCAUACACACACGUGUGCUAUAACUAAAAUACUGUAUGUUCAUAUGUCAACUGUAGCGUUAUGAAUUGUGUCCUGUUGGCAUUCCUGGUUUUCUCUCCAAAACAGAACUGUUGUGCUCGUUUGUACAGACAUCUUCUAGACUAAUGAGGUUAGGUUGGUUUUGUUGUUGUUUUUUUUGUUAGUUUUUUUUUGGUCUUGGCGCAGUUUUAACCCUUUCCUUGAAACUGGUUUAACCAGAACGUGACACACAGCCACUGCAGUUGCUAGCAGGACCAC